GACGAAAUGGCGUCAGCGAUGGUCCCAGGAACUGCCAUUGAGUCAGCGGAGAAGACGCCGGCCCUUGAGUUUGAUAGAUGCAAGCCCACGCGUCGCCGAUGAGCGCCACCGCUGCUGCAGCAGCAUCAGCAUCGGAAGCAUCAGCACAGGCGACGUCUGCUGCUGCUGCUGCAGCUGCUGCAGCUGUUGGGUCUGCACCAUUAGCCCAGGUACGAAUGCACCAUCACCAUGCAUCGUACUUGGACGGACUCCUCUGUAUCGUGUUGCUGCCUUGGCCGACCAGCAGCCACCUGCCGACGCCCCUUCUCGCACGCACGACAGCCGCCCACACUCUGUCGGCUGUCGCCUCAUCAGCCGCCCUGAUGGCGUCGCCCUGUCAAUCGCAGCUGCGGCCUCAUCAGCUGCCUCUGGGGCGGCACCAGCGGUCGAGCAGACGACACCAGGGAUGGUCCUGGCGGGGCUGCUGGGGUCGCAGGAGCACCAGCCGCAGCUACAGAUAGAGGAAGGGACAGUAGAUCGUCCGGUAGGUACACAUUGACGCACUGAAUGGGCAGCCAGACACUCUCACAUGGAUCCAUGUGGGUGCCCUGCUUGGUCUCACAUGUGUGCAGGUGUCAGGUCUCACGCAUCUCCCCGUCAGCUCGCCCCCUCUGCCCGCCGCCCAGCCGCCCUCUCUGCACGAGGCAUUCCCACCACCACCACCAGCAGCGUCAUCAGCAGCUGCAUCUGCAUCAGUAUCACCAUCAGCAUCACCAUCACCGGCAGUGGCUGAGCGGGCGCGGGACGUGCUGCCUCCCGCCGGAGGGAUACUAGCUGAGGUAUGCACGCAUACAGGCAGAAGAGAAAGGCGCCGCAUUCAUGGAAGCGCUUUUUUGCGUUGUUUGAUGCAGGACCGUGACAUUGGGGGGCCCGCGGCUGCAGCGGCAGCUGCUUGGGAGGGGCUGUCGAGCGGCAUGGAUUUCCUUCUUGAAGCGGCGGACCCUCCAGGUGACAGCUUGGAGGCUGCGCUGUACCAGAUGGAGCACAUGAUAGGUAGACAAGGCAAGACAAGGCAAGCCACACGCUGGCAGCCACACCUGUCGUAUGUAUCUCGCCUCUGCAGAGGGUAUCAUUCGUUGCUGCGGGCCCCCCCAGAUGGCCAAGACGCACAGCAGGUAAUCCCCUGUACAGAACCGGGAUAUAUCCCGAUACAGAUCAUCUGUGCGCUGUUCCUCGCUCACAACAGGCGGGUCCGAGCAUCACUGGACCGGUUGCUGGGGGACCUCCAGACAUACACACACUACUCCAUG